AGCGGCCUCGCGCGCGCGUGGAGGCGAGGAGGAGGGAGCGGCGCGAGGGGCGGUCACGUGACGCGGGUGGGCGCCGCCGCCGCCGCUGCUUUGUGAGCGCAUUGGGCAGAUUUUCUAUUUUGUACAUACAUUGUUUUGUAUAUACUGUAUAUGAUGACUUCGGUGGGCAGUGAACGUACCCGGGGCACUCGGGACAAAGCGCAGAUUUCAACCACGCAGCCAAUACAACAGCAGAAACAAGUAGUACAGGCAACAGCAGAACAGAUUCGCCUUGCUCAGAUGAUCUACGAUAAGAACGAUGCAGAUUUUGAAGAUAAAGUGAAACAACUUAUGGAAGUGACGGGGAAAAACCAGGAUGAGUGCAUAGUGGCACUACAUGAUUGUAAUGGGGAUGUGAACAGAGCAAUCAACAUACUGCUGGAAGGAAGUUCAGACACGACUUCUUGGGAGACUGUAGGGGGAAAGAAGAAAAGCCUUGGAAAGGAAAGUUCAGAAAACAAAGAGAACAGAGAAAAACGAGGGGACAGAGAAGUAAGUCGUGGACGGGGAAGUUCCAACAGACGGGGAAGAGGAGGCAGCCGUGGCCGAGAGUUUAGAGCUGAAGAAAAUGGAGUGGACAACAGUCAAGGAGACAGGCCUUCAGACCGUGGGAAACGUGGCCGUGGGAGAGGGUUUGGACGUGGCAGAGGGAGAGGAGCGGGGCGGUUUUCAGCCCAAGGCAUGGGGACAUUUAACCCUGCAGACUAUACGGAGUCUUCUGCCACUGAUGGCUUUGGGACAAAAUCAGAGAUUUGGGAGACUGGUCAGAAUGAUGCAGAUGAUGGAACUGGUGCAUGGAAAAAUUCAAUAGAAGAAUGGACUGCAGAAGACUGGAAUGAGGAUCUUUCUGAAACGAAAGUCUUUACUGCUUCUUCCAUUCCAACUGAGAAUCAUGUGACUCCUGGGCAAAGCAUUGAUAUGGUGACGUUGCUUCAAAAGCCAAUGACUUCUACUCAAGAGACAGAAGGCAACUCAUUUGAGGCUUCUCAGCAGCAGACCUUUGGCCAAGCUCUAGUCUUCACAAAUUCUCAGCACAGCAACCAGAUGGCAUCAGGAGCUGGCAGUUCCAGUGCUGUAAACUCCUAUUCCCCUCAGAGUCUGUCUGCAGUUCUUUGUUCUGGCUUUGGAGAUCUUGGAUCUUCCAAGUUGGCGAACUCGACUGGAUCCCAAAUCUUGGACCAGUUGAAAUCUCCAGGUUUGGGCCAAUUUACUUCUCAACAAAACAAUAGUAGCUCUACCACCACUACUACAACUGCCCCAUCAUCUUGGGAUCUAAAAGUGCCCAUUACUCAGUCCUCAGUCCUUAGUCAGUUUGACUUUAAAUCCCAGCCGGAACCAUCCCCAAUUCUGAGCCAGCUGACUCAACGACAGCAACAACAAACACAGGCAGUCCCUGUACCUCCUCCUGGGUUGGAGUCCUUCUCCUCCCAGGUAAAACUCCGAGAGCCCUCGCCGGUAGACACCUCCACAGCUGUCAGCAAGAUGUUACAGCUCCCCACUAUGUCUAUGGAUAACCAGACAGUGACAGCCCAUCAAACCCAUCACAAACAGAUAAAACCACCAAAGCGGAGAAUAACUCCAGCAUCCAAGAUUCCUGCCUCUGCAGUGGAGAUGCCUGGGUCAGCUGAUGUGACAGGGUUAAAUGUUCAGUUUGGAGCUUUGGAGUUUGGAUCAGAGCCUGCACUCCCAGAGUUUGGAUCAGCUUCAAGCAGCGAGAAUGCCAGCCAGACAACCAACAAUAGCUUGUACACAAAAUCUGUAAAUGAUCCUUUGAAUACCUCUUUGCCAAUAUCCAAUCCAGUACAGGAGUCCACCUACACAACCUCUGCCAUCACCUCUUCCAGUCUGACCUGCUCAUCCCAGAGCACUAGCCCAGUAACAACAACUUCCUCCUAUGACCAGCCUUCUGUGCAUAGUAGGAUACCGUACCAAAGUUCCAUGGCUCCAUCAGAUCCAACUCCAGUUGCAGUUACGAACGGGCACAGUGGUGUUAGAACACAGGCAACUCUUGACACUACUUCAUCAGUUUCAGUGUCUAAGACAGAGCCUUCUCCCUCGCUACCUUCUGCUGGUUCGCUGCCUAGCGUGGUAUCCACGACCACUUCGCUUCUGCCUUCAGCAUCUCAGCAUGUGGCAACGUUGCCCAGUUUGCCUCAGCCCAAUGACUUGGCCAGCAGCUCCCUCUCCCAGCUAAGCAGCUCACUUUCCAAUCAUCAAAGCAGCCUCUCCCCUGCCUCAGUGUUAUCUUCAGGCACGUCACAUGCACACACUAGUGUUGAGAACACAACUUCGCUCCAGCCCUCAACAACCUUUUCAGCUGCUUCAACCUCAGCCACUAGCACCACAUCAUCGGUUGUCAGCAUGGCAAGCAGUAUGAACACUACAAACAGCCUUGGCCUGAGCGUUACCAGUGUGUCUAUACCAGCUGCUACCACACGGGCAGCUCCUUUAGUGUCUUCAGGCAAAGCUCCCCCCAACCUGCCCCAGGGUGUACCACCCUUGUUACAUAACCAGUAUAUUGUGGGACCUGGAGGACUUCUACCUGCCUACCCACAGAUUUAUGGUUAUGAUGAUCUCCAGAUGCUUCAAUCCAGGCUGCCAAUGGAUUACUAUGGAAUUACAUUCCCUGCUCCUGCAACCUUGACAGGCAGAGAUGGGAGCCUUGCUAACAACCCAUACUCAGGUGGUCCACGAUGCAAGCCUUGUUUUCCUGGCCUUCAGCUACUGUCUCCAGAACUUUGGUGGUGUGAUGUAACAAAAUUUGGCCGUGGGGAUUCUGCCUCUCCUGCUCCUGCAACAACCCUAGCCCAGCCGCAGCAGAACCAGACGCAGACUCAUCACACCACUCAGCAGCCCUUCCUCAACCCGACCCUGCCACCAGGCUACAGCUACACUGGGCUGCCUUAUUACGCUGGGGUUCCAGGUGUACCCAGUGCGUUCCAGUAUGGGCCAACCAUGUUUGUACCUCCGGCAUCAGCAAAGCAGCACGGAGUCAACCUGAACACCGCCUCGACUCCUUUCCAGCAAGCAAGUGGCUAUGGGCAGCAUGGCUAUGGAGCAGGCUAUGAUGACUUAACGCAGGGAACGGCAGCUGGAGAUUACAGCAAAGGAGGCUACAGUGGGUCAUCUCAAGCACAAAACAAAUCUGCUGGCACUGGACCUGGGAAAGGUGUUUCUGUGACCUCAAGUAACACAGGUGUGCCUGAUAUCAGUGGCUCAGUCUAUAACAAGACUCAGACGUUUGACAAGCAGGGAUUCCACGCCGGCACACCGCCUCCUUUCAGCCUGCCCUCUGCUCUCGGAUCUACUGGGCCCCUGAACCCUGGUGCUGCCCCGGGUUAUGCUCCAGCCCCUUUUCUUCAUAUCUUGCCUGCGCAUCAGCAGCCUCACUCCCAGAUGCUGCAUCACCACCUUCAGCAGGAUGGGCAGGGAGGAUCCAGCCAGCGCAACCAGCCCAGCACCAUGCAGCAAAAGUCUCAGGCUACCAAAACCGCCUACGGCACUUCUCCAUACUGGACAAACUAAAUCCGAAACCGGGGAGGGGGGAGAGAAUGAAAGGAGAAAAAUGAAAGAAAGAAAAGCAAAAAAAAAAAAAAAAAAAAAAAAAAAAAAAGAAAGAAAGAAAAGCC